AUGUGGAGCUUUCUGUUGCCCACAGUGGUUGGCCAGGAAGACAAAUCCAACAGCCUUUUUGAAGAACUCUUCCAGAAGCUGGACCACUGCGGGAAUGGCAUGGCAGACAUCACAGAAUUGCAGAAAGAACUGGAAGCUAUGGGCAUCCCCAUAUGCCAGGACAAAGAGGUGGGCCAUAGUGCAUUCAGGCCACACAGAAUCGGGGGGAACCUUUUAGGAGAACUCACAUAUAGGUUCAAGGACAUUUUUAAAGCUGGAAAUACCAAUGAGGAUUCAGGAUUGGACUUUGGAGAAUUUUUGCGGUACCUUAAAGACCACGAGAAAAAAAUGAGGCUGGCAUUUAAUAGUCUGGAUUACAAUAAUGAUGGAAUAAUAGAGACUUCAGAAAUAAUUGCUGCUUUGAAAUCACUGGGUGUAAAUAUUUCUGAAGCUCAGGCAGAAAAAAAUCUACAAAGCAUAGAUAGUGAUGGAACAAUGACAGUAGAAUGGGAUAAAUGGAAGUACUACUUUUUACUUCAUCCUGCAAAAAGUAUUGAUGAAAUUGCUCAUUUCUGGAAGAAUUCUACUAUAAUUGACAUGGGGGGUAUACCUAUUCCAGAUGAAUUUACUGAAGAAGAAAAGAUUUCUGGAGAUGGGUGGAGGCAUUUGGUGGCAGGAGGCAGAGCUGGCGCUGUUUCGAGGACAUGCAUGUCCCCCUUUGACCGCUUGAAGGUCACGAUGCAGGUUCAUGGUUUAAAGUCCAGGACAAUGAGAUUGAUUGAUGGGUUUGAACAGAUGUUGAAAGAAGGAGGAAUUCUUUCUCUUUGGCGGGGAAAUGGUGUAAAUAUUUUUAAAAUUAUACCUGAGACAGCUCUCGAGAUUGGAGCCUAUGAGCAGUAUAAGAAUUGGCUUAGUUUUGAUGGUGCUAAAGUAGAAAUUAUUGAGAGAUUUAUAUCUGGUUCAUUGGCUGGUGCAACUGCACAGACAUGUAUUUACCCCAUGGAGGUUCUAAAGACCAGACUGGCUCCAGGUAAAACUGGACAGUAUUCGGGGAUCAUUGAUUGUGGCAAGAAGCUUCUGAAGGAAGAAGGUGUUAGAACAUUUUUCAAAGGUUAUAUUCCUAACUUGCUAGGCAUUCUACCUUAUACAGGCAUAGAUUUUGCUGUUUAUGAGCUGUUGAAGAAUAAUUGGCUCAAACAUCACAUAAGAGAGUCUGUAGACCCUGGGGUAAUGAUUUUGCUGGGAUGUAGUAUAUUGUCUCAUACAUGUGCUCAGAUAGCCACCUUCCCUCUGACCCUUAUCAGAACUCACAUGCAAGUUCAAGCACUGGAAGAAAAAGAAACGACAACUUCUAUGAUUCAUCUCAUUCAAGAGAUACAUAACAACAAAGGAAAAAGGGGAUUUUUCAGGGAUCUCACCCCAAAUAUCAUAAAGGUGCUUCCUGCAGUAGGCAUUAGCUGUGUAGUUUAUGAAAUAGUCGGACAACAUUUGGGAUUAAUUUAA